UGUUGCUAAUCGCGUAUAGUAAUAUCGAUAACGUUUUCGUACAAUAAUGUGUAAUAUAAUGUGUAGUGUAAUACAAAAAUGAAAAGAAACCAUGUUAAAUGUUUUGCGAUGCAAUGAAUUGGUACUUAUCAAAUGUGUCUUUAACAAGAAAUCAAUUCAAUGAUGUGGCUAUCCAUAACAGUAAAUAAAUUCCUUGCACUUCUGUAAUAAAAGUCACUGCUACAAAUGAAAGACAAAUAAAAGCCAAUUGAGGAGAGGCGGAUAUAAAAAACCACAGGAAUGCCAGCAAUUUAAAAAAAGUAUUAAAUAAUUAUAAAACACUGGAAACAUAUAAGAUAAAUAUACUGACAACUGCAUCUGAACUCUUAAUUUAAUACGUGAAUUGGAUCGCCCUGUUGAAGGAGCGAUUUUGGAGAUGAAUUUUAUUCUUAGUGUGCUGCUAAUAGCAACUCUAGGAGAUAAAUAUGACCACAGGCUGAACUUAAGAGCAGGUUCGCAGACACUGGCAGCAAAUAUUUGGUCUGACAAGACGGCUAUUCAAAAUGAAUCCAUAAAUAUGACUGAUGUAAAUGCGACGGUAAAGGAUGCAAAAAACCACAGUACCACCAUAACAAAUGUAGCUAAGUUUGACACGAAAUUAAAUCACUUGUUAGUGGACACCAUUACUGGUCGAGUCUUUGUUGGUGGUGUUAACAGGUUGUAUCAGUUAUCGCCUGAUUUGGAGCUGUCCGAAACGGUUAAAACGGGACCCCAAAACGAUUCGGUAGAGUGCAGUAUACUCGACUGCCCGUUAAAUGCUGUUCGCAGUCCGACGGACAAUUAUAAUAAGGUCUUGCUCAUAGAUCGUGCGACUUCUCGACUUAUUGCAUGCGGAUCACUGUUUCAGGGUACAUGCACAGUUCGUAAUCUUCAGAAUGUUAGCAUAAUUGAGCAUGAAGUGCCUGAUGCGGUUGUGGCCAACGAUGCCAAUUCAUCAACCGUGGCUUUUAUAGCACCGGGUCCUCCACAGCAUCCGGUGACAAAUGUGAUGUACGUCGGAGUUACUUAUACUAAUAAUUCACCAUACCGAAGUGAAAUCCCAGCCGUGGCUUCGCGUUCUCUUGAAAAGACGAAAAUGUUUCAGAUUGCUUCGUCGGCGGUUACGACGGGAACGAGAACUUUUAUUAAUUCUUACGCACGUGAAACUUAUUUUGUGAACUAUGUUUAUGGAUUCAGUUCUGAGCGAUUUUCAUAUUUUCUCACCACGCAGUUAAAGCACAGUCACCAUUCUUCUCCUAAGGAGUAUAUAACGAAGCUUGUGCGAAUUUGCCAGGAAGACUCAAACUAUUAUUCAUACACUGAAAUUCCUGUCGAAUGUAUAAGUGAUGCCCAGGGUGGCACUAAAUUCAACUUGGUUCAGGCCGGUUUCUUGGGAAAACCUAGCUCGGAUUUGGCUCAAAGUUUGGGAAUAUCCAUACAGGACGAUGUUCUCUUCGCUGUUUUUUCAAAGGGCGACGGAAACACUCCAACUAAUAACUCUGCACUCUGCAUUUACUCAUUAAAAUCAAUCCGUCGUAAAUUUAUGCAAAACAUAAAAUCCUGUUUUAACGGAAACGGAAUGAGGGGACUAGACUUUAUAUCACCAAGCAUGCCAUGUGUUUUAACGAAACUGCAAACUAUUGGGGAAGAUUUCUGUGGACUGGAUGUAAAUUCACCUUUAGGGGGAGAGAAUCCCAUUACUUCAGUGCCGGUUGCCAUGUUUAACACGAAGUUAACUUCAGUUGCCGCAACAAGCACCAGUGGAUAUACCGUUGUCUUUGUGGGCACAACAGAUGGAUACCUCAAGAAAGUUGUAGUCGAAUCUUCAUCUGUUGCGAAUGAGUAUGCCAGUUUUCCUGUAGACUUGGGCUCCGCCAUUAGUCAGGAUAUGCAGUUUGACAACCAAAACCUUUACAUGUAUGUCAUGUCCGAGACUAAAGUGUCCAAGGUUAAAGUGUUCGAUUGCUCCGAUUACAAGACAUGCGGAGAAUGCCUAGGUGCUAGAGACCCAUAUUGCGGCUGGUGCUCUUUGGAGAAUAAAUGUAGCCCACGAUCCAAUUGCCAGGACGACGCCAACGAUCCUUUGUAUUGGGUCAGCUAUAAAACUGGGAAAUGUACUACAAUAACUAGUGUUGUGCCCCACCAGCUACAACGUACUACCGCUCGGACUUUAGAGCUUAUUAUAGAUCAUUUGCCGCAAUUAAAGGAGAAUUUAAUAUGCGCAUUUACCACAGAGGAUAAAGCACUCUUUACUAAUGCCACGAAAAAAAGAAAUGGCGUAAACUGUACAACACCGCGAACAGACAUGCUUCCCCAAAUUGAACAAGGAAAACAUCAUUUUACAGCCAAACUAUCUGUGCGUACCAGAAAUGGACCUGACUUAGUGUCCACGGAUUUUACGUUCUUUGAUUGCAGCACACACUCAUCGUGUACGCGUUGUGUGUCCUCGGAAUUUCCGUGUGAUUGGUGUGUUGAGGCACACCGGUGCACACACGACACUGCUGAAAAUUGUCGCAACGACAUUUUGGUUACAGGCGUUAGCCGGAUAGGCCCAAGCUAUAGAUCAGGUCCUGGGUUUUGUCCAACGAUUAACGCUACAGGUGAUGGAAGUGAAGUACUAGUGUCUGGUGGAACAAGCAAAUCUAUAAAAGUUAAAGUUCAUAUAAUAGGACAAUUUAUAGUUCAAACGCGUUUCGUUUGCCAAUUCAAUAUUGAAGGACGCGUAACGAGUUUAAAUGCUCAACUGUUAGGUGACACCAUUUACUGCGAUAGCAUGGAGUUUCAGUACACCUCAAGAUCACCCAAUUUGACAGCCACAUUCGCGGUUAUAUGGGGUGGUUCCAAGCCUCUUGAUAACCCUCAUAACAUACAUGUUGUUAUAUAUCGAUGUCGAGAAAUGGCUGACAGCUGUGGAAUUUGUUUGGCCCUAGCCGAAAAGUACAAUUGCGGUUGGUGUUCGUCUACUAACACAUGCGAAGUUGAAGAACAGUGUAACAAGAACAAAGAAGGGAAAACUGAUUGGCUUAAUCGAAGUGAAAUUUGCCCAAACCCUGAAAUUCACACUUUCGAACCGAAAACGGGUCCAUGGGAAGGAGGAACUAACAUAACAAUACGUGGCAUUAAUUUGGGCAAAAAUUAUAACGACAUUUAUUCAGGCGUUCGAAUAGCCGGCAUAAAUUGUAUGCCGUUUCCCCAAUUUUACAUUGACACAAAGCAAAUCGUAUGUACUGUAGAUAGUCCUGGAGAACAAAUGUACAGGAACGGCAAAAUAGUGGUACAAAUAGGGGAUUAUCGGGGUGAGUCUAAGGAAGACUACGAAUUUGUUGACCCGAAAAUUUUGGAUUUUAAUCCAAAGUUUGGUCCAACUUCUGGUGGAACUGAAAUACAUAUAACUGGAAAGCACUUAAAUGCCGGCUCUCGUAUACAAGCAUCCAUAAAUGAUCAUUUGCCUUGCAAAAUUCUAAGCACAGAUUCUUCACAAGCUAUAUGUCGCACCUCACCUUCCCCUGGUAUCAUUGAAGGAAGACUGAAAAUGUCGUUUGAUAAUGGUCCCCGAGAAUUCAAUGACUACAACUUUAAAUAUGUUCUGGAUCCUACAAUUGAACACGUUAGUUCAGGACCAAGUGGGCAAAUAAAGGUACCGAAAGGAAUACCAGCUGGCGGCAUUCGAAUUUCCGUGAUUGGUACCCAAUUCACCAGUAUACAAACUCCCAACAUUUACGUAGUAUACAAUGGAGAGAUAUAUGCAAGCCAAUGCCGAGUGCAAUCGGAUACUGAAAUGGAAUGCGCGUCUCCAGUUAUUGAGGUGGACAGCAAAAUUAUUGAAGCGGAAAGACCAAUGCUUCUAGAAUAUGGGUUCCUUAUGGAUAAUGUUUUGCGAGUACAAAAUUUAUCAAAAAUUCAUAACAACCAUUUUGAACUUUAUCCAAAUCCCGAAUAUUUCAUAUUUGAAGAAAGGGUUAAGUACUUUAAGAGUGAAUAUUUGACAAUAAAUGGCAGGAACCUAGAUCGCGCCUGCAAAGAGACUGAUGUGGAAGUAAAAAUAGGAAAUGGAUUUUGCAAUAUUACGUCUCUUUCAAGGCAACAACUUACAUGUAGACCUCCUCCCGAAGCAACGGCAACUAAAAGUAUAAACGGACCAGAAGUAAUUGUUCGUAUUGGAACUUCUCUGGAGUACCGUAUUGGUAUCCUUAGCUACGAAUCAUCAAACAUCAUUUUGGAUUGGGGAGAAAAUGUAAUUUUUGCUGUAAUAGCGACAAUCGUUAUCUUACUGCUGAUUUUUGUUGCUUUGCUUGUGGCAUAUAAAAAGAAAAGUUCCGAAUCGAACCGGGUGCUUCGAAACAUGCAGGAGCAGAUGGACAUAUUAGAGUUACGUGUCGCAGCUGAAUGUAAGGAGGCGUUUGCAGAACUCCAAACAGAAAUGACUGAUCUCACAGGGGAUCUUACGUCUGGAGGCAUUCCAUUUUUAGAUUAUCGAUCGUAUGCAAUGAAGAUUCUUUUUCCCAAUCACGAAGACCACAUUGUACUGCAAUGGGAGCGACCUGAGCUUCUUCGAAAGGAAAAAGGAUUGCGUAUUUUUGGCCAACUUAUUAUGAACAAAACUUUCCUGCUACUUUUUAUUCGAACCUUAGAGUCAAAUCGAUACUUCUCCAUGAGAGAACGAGUUAAUGUGGCCUCAUUAAUUAUGGUCACACUACAAUCGAAAUUGGAAUAUUGUACAGAUAUAUUAAAAACUUUAUUGGGAGACUUGAUUGAAAAAUGUAUAGAGGGAAAGAGUCACCCGAAACUCUUAUUAAGGCGAACCGAAAGUGUGGCAGAAAAAAUGUUAAGUGCUUGGUUUACCUUCCUUCUUUACAAGUUUUUGAAGGAAUGUGCUGGAGAGCCCUUAUAUAUGCUUUUUCGCGCUGUAAAGGGCCAAGUAGAUAAGGGUCCCGUUGAUGCUUGUACACAUGAGGCAAGAUACUCUCUUAGUGAAGAAAAACUUAUACGCCAGUCUAUCGAUUUCCGACCAAUGAAUGUCUAUGCAAGCAUUAUACAACAGCCAAUAUUUUGCAACAACUUAGAUAUGUUACCUCCUCAUACCGAAAAUGUGUCUGUAAAGGUUUUGGACUGUGAUACAAUUGGACAAGUAAAAGAAAAAUGCUUGGAAACUAUUUAUAAAAACAUUCCAUCAAGCCAAAGACCGCGAAAGGAUGACUUAGAUUUGGAGUGGCGAACAGGUGCUACAGGUCGAGUAAUUCUGUACGAUGAGGAUGUGACAUCUAAAACUGAAAGCGAAUGGAAAAAGCUUAACACUUUGCAGCACUACAAUGUUCCAGACGGCGCCGGCUUGAGUCUGGUACCAAAGCAAAGUUCGAUUUAUAACUUCAGUAUUUUGUCGGAUAAAAACGAAAAAUCUCACAAGUAUGAAACUCUUAAUAUAUCGAAAUACACCUCCUCCUCUCCGACAUUUAGCCGCGCCGGGAGCCCUCUUAAUAAUGAUAUGCAUGAUAAUGGUCUAAGAUACUGGCAUCUAGUGAAACACCAUGAUAGUGACAUGCAGAAAGAAGGGGAACGGGUUAACAAAUUGGUAUCAGAGAUUUACUUAACCAGACUAUUGGCAACUAAAGGUACACUUCAGAAAUUCGUAGAUGAUCUUUUUGAAACGAUAUUUAGUACUGCUCAUCGAGGAUCGGCACUGCCCCUAGCUAUAAAGUACAUGUUUGACUUUCUCGACGAUCAAGCUCAGUUGCAUGGUAUAACUGACCCAGAAGUUGUGCAUACUUGGAAAAGUAACAGCUUACCAUUGCGCUUUUGGGUGAAUUUGAUUAAAAAUCCUAAUUUUGUAUUUGACAUUCAUAAGUCAAAUAUAGUGGAUUCUUGCUUGUCAGUUGUGGCACAAACAUUUAUGGACUCUUGUUCAACUUCUGAUCACCGAUUGGGUAAGGACUCACCGAGCUCGAAACUUCUAUAUGCGAAAGACAUACCAGAGUAUCGCAAAUGGGUAGACCGCUAUUAUAGAGACAUUCGCGAUAUGUCCCCAAUAUCAGAUCAGGAUAUGAAUGCCAUGCUUGCAGAAGAAUCAAGGCUGCACACAACAGAAUUUAAUACAAAUUGUGCACUACAUGAGCUGUACACAUAUGCUGUGAAAUACAAUGAACAGCUAACUGUUACACUCGAAGAGGAUGAAUUUUCGCAAAAGCAGCGAUUGGCUUUUAAAUUAGAGCAAGUUCACAACAUAAUGUCGGCAGAAUAAGAAUUUUCUCAUCCUACCACGCUGACAAAAGAAAUACAAAAAAUGCAAUUUAUAAAAAUCAUUUGUAAAUGUCGUAUUUGCUCAUUUAAUGCUUAAAUAGUGUGGUUUUGUAUGUAUGUAUGUAUUUGGUAUAAGUAAAACUAUGUAAGAUUUAAUAUUCAAGAUAAACUAAUCUAACUGAAAUAUCGACUGACUUUAAUUUUAACUUAAAAUAAAGUAAUUGAUUAAUAUUUAUAUAGUUUCUUACCUAUGUUAAAAAUUGAAGAUUAAGAAUGUUCGUGUAUUGCUUUUUUGAACCGCAGUUCAUGGUCCUAAGUCACAUUCCUAAUGGUACGAUAAAUAGUUGUAACAUUUUUAAAUUUUUUUGUGAUUAUCGUCACGGAAAAUUACGGAAAGUCAAAAUCAAAGAAAUUAAAAAGUGUAUUCGCAUAAAAAAAGAGAAUAUCGCUCAUUUCUUACAUAUGUUAAAAAGAUUUUGUAAAUUAAUGCGUAAUACACACACAAACGACAAUGUUCUUUUCAUGAACACUUAGUUACUUGGUCCUCGGGUUUGCAAUGUGGUUUAAAGUGAUAAUUUUAAAGAAUUGGUAGACAGAUCAUAAUAUGUGUUUUGGUUUUCUCAUAACCGUUCAAAAAUAUAUAAAGGUUGGCCAAUUAUUAAAUUAAGUGUGUUCAAAUUCUUUUGCCCUAAAUAUAAAAAUGAAAAAGAACACUCAUUAAAGAGAUAAAUGUCAUUCUAAAAAUUAAAUUUUUUCGUUCAAUUUUUUUUUUUUGAUUCUGCAUUUCUAUAUUGACAAGUUCUUAGUUGAAAUCACUUGAAAAAUGUAAACAAUUAAAUAAAAAUUGCAUGCUAUAAUUUUUUUGCGAAUGGGAAAGAAGGUCUGUCCGCUGGGUCGGUUUGGCACAUUUGACAUUUUCCUGCAUUUAUAAUAAUAAAUACAAAAUACCUACCUAUAUAUACAUUAUUUUUUUUUUUUUGUUGAAAGUUACUUAUUUUGGAAACCAAACAUUUUGCCUCCGCAAUGGGAUACGUGAGUCGGUAAUAAAAAAAGAAAGGAAACAAGUUAACGACAAACUAAAAUGUAAAAAAAGUAUUACAAGUUUAUAACCCAAUGGCAGGGUGAAAACAUAACGUGUCCCAACAUAAAGACUUUUCACCUGAAAAAAUGGGGGAACCAAGGGAACUAUAAGUGUUGCUCUCGUAAUAAUCUUACAUAUGUUUAAAAAAUAUAAUUUAAAUACAUUUAACUUACAUGAAAACGUGUACAACAUUUUGUUGUAAACAAUUUGUUCUGUCUAAAAAAAAUGUAAAUGUCAAUUUUCGGUCUUAUAUAAAAGGGCUCGAUAUAAUCGUGAUAAUCCUGUUAAAAAGAAUAUAUUUUGUAGAGUUGA